GUCAUCAUCCGUGUUCUCGACGACGAAGAACGCUCGCGCCACGCGCCAGUCCGUGCUGCCGUUCUUUCGAACGUCUGGUGUCCUUCAACGAUACCUUACGACCAUGUUCAAGGGCGCGAUUGCAGUAACCCUCGGGUUAUUCUGCUUGACGACCCUUGUUUCUGGAGCCAUCGACAAAAGCGAUGGUGGUUACAGUGACAUCGUGGUGUCCAUCCACCCGGACGUUACACCCUCCGACGACAUCGUCCGGAACCUGAAGGCACUGCUUACGUCAGCGUCCCAGUUCCUCCACAUAGCUACAAACGGGAGAGUUUACUUCAAAAGGUUCAUCAUCGAAUUCCCGAAAUCUUGGCCGAAAAGAAAAAGUCCACGUAUUCUAGGGGCAACGUACUACCCGAAGAGCGAGGUACGAAUCAGGAAUUCCUCGUUUUGUGGAGACAAUCAACCCUACACGGUGACAUCAAAAGACUGUGGGGAACAGGGAGACUUCAUGCAUCUUCCAGCAGAGUACCUCCUGAGCCUGAGUCCCCUGACGACUGAAAAAAAAGAAAGUUUUGCGUACACUUUCGUACAUGAAUGGGCGCACCUGCGGUAUGGAGUAUUUGACGAGUAUGGCAGACGGGGAGACCCUAAGUAUCCGGAAACAUAUUGCGUGGGAAACAAGGUGAAGCUGAACGCUUGUUCGAAAAACCUGAGAUUCACCGCUGAAAGAGACGACGGUUCAAAGUGCAUUAUGGAUGACGAGUGUAACUUGGAGGAAAAGUGCAUCAUCUCGCCAUAUUUUCCCGCAAAACGCCCUGCAGAAAGCUCUAUCAUGUUUAUGCCGUAUCUGAAAAACAUUUCUCAUUUCUGUGAAUCGGGUCAAGGCCUUCGCAUGCACAACAGUGAAGCUCGGACAACGCACAACCUGAAGUGUAAUCGACGGUCGGUCUUGGAUGUCAUCCUCUCGAACGAUGACUUCAAUAAGCUAGCAACCCCGAACUUGUCUAAGCGCAUCCAUGUCACCGUUGACGAAGCGCAGCAAGGUGACGAACCUCAAAAAGUCGUUGUGGCUUUGGAUACGUCAGGCAGUAUGAAGAGAAAGGCUCGGAUUAAUUUUCUGAAGGAAGGCCUUCAGGCUUACAUAAACAACGUACCUGAUGGCAAGAUAAGACUGGUUAUGCUGGAAUUCAACACGAACGCCACAUUACUUCACGAUGUGCUUGUUGUGAAUUCGACCACUCGUAAAAGUUUUGUUACCGAAGUGAACGCUCUGGCAACUAAAGGGAGGACGUGCAUCGGUUGCGCACUUGAACUGGCUAUACAGGUAACGUAA